CUCAUUUGUCGGCAAAGUAGACAGACUUCUUUUGAGAGGCUGGUCCUGUGCAUCACAAAGCUUGCCGAACACACGACAUUGGAAUCAAGCAACCAAAAAUGAAGGUCCUCCAAAAAGAUGAGCACAUGGCUGCUGAGAGUGUUCUGCUGAAACACUUGCCCAAGAGUUUUCAGGUCUAUGGAUACUUGCAUGCAUGUAACAGAAACAAACAAACAAACAUACAAAUUGUUGUUGAUACGUGGCCUGAUUUUAAGGUCAUCAUUUGUCGCCCUGACCCAGAAAACAAACAAGCCUCGGACUGGAGAAAAAAAGUCACCUUCUACUGCCUAGAUGAGAAGAUGUUGAGGAAAAUGUUAUUAGAAGAGGAUGCAAUCGACUGGAGUGCUGAUUUUACAUUUGAAUGCUUUGACAAUUCUCACACCGGCUUGCUCAAAGAGGUUUCGACGCAAAUACAAGUCAGCCACACCCAUCUGAUUUGUGCAUAUCAACUAUACUUGCCAAAUAGUAGCCAUCUGGUCACACCGGCAUUCAACAGUGAUAUCAACUCAAGGAUCUCAUCUCUCGAUCUUUCCCAUGCUCAUCUGGUGAAUCAAACCUGGAAGUUUGGAGGGGAUGAAUUGGGCUACAAGAAAAUUGUAAGACAGAUCAGCAACUUCCCUUCCUACUGCAUCACCGAUCACCAGGGUCAGCCUGUAUCAUGGCUGCUUCUGCAUGAAAACCUGUCAUUGGGCAUGUUGUAUACUUUGCCUGAGCACAGACGAAAAGGUUACGCCACAGUCCUUGUCUACACCAUGGCCCAAAGACUCCUCGCUGAAGGCUACCCAGUGUUCACCUAUGUAGAGGAAGGCAACAUGGUCUCAUUUAAGAUGUUUAAAAACCUGGGCUUUAUUGACGAUCCCUCUGUAAGAAGGAUAUGGUUUAAAUUUGCCACGUGAUUUUGAGAAGCAGCCUCCGUUUUAUCUGACAGACAAAACUUGUAUCACAGCUAAGUAAACCACUUUCCUAGCGCAUAGCAAACCUGCGACUUUUACAUGAUUUAUUUCUGAAUGACUGUUUUGUGCGGUGGUGGGAGCAUAAUCACCUGCUCGACAAUUUGAUUUGCUUUUAUGCAGGGUUUAUAAAUGUUGAUCUUGACCAAUGUUAAAAUGCCUUAACUGUCUGUCUAUAAAAUAUUUAUCCAUUCUCGUGGCUCGCUGAAUGUGAAUGACAAUGACAACUGACAAAGUGAUUUGCAGUCAUUGAUCAGGCAGUGAUGUUUUCAUGCAACGCUGAGUGUGAUGUAGUUGAAAAUGUUGGUGCACUUAAUUUAAGUGCUGGUGCAACCAAGAAAAAAAGUUAAAUCAA